GAUUCCCCUGCGGACGAAACUAGUUCGUCAGUCAGUCUCCUGAAGCAUACCGCCUUACCUCCUUAGAAUCCGUCUGCGGCUGCGGCUUUUCCGGUCGCACUUUGUUUCCAUUCUGCUCUUCUUUCUUAUCCCGCUUGAUUUCGGCUCACUUUCGCGACUCGAGGCCGCUUAUUACGCCGAGGCACAGCCAUGGCGGACGAAGACAUGGAAGAUUACGGAUUCGAGUACUCGGACGACGAGCCCGAGGAGCAGGAUGUCGACAUUGAGAACCAGUACUACAAUUCCAAAGGCCUAGUGGAGCGGGACACAGAGGGGGCGUUAGCGGGCUUUGCAGAGGUGGUGCAGAUGGAGGGGGAGAAGGGCGAGUGGGGCUUCAAGGCGCUAAAGCAGACGGUGAAGCUGCACUACCGGGAGGCGCGCGUGGCGGAGAUGAUGGCGGCGUACCGCGAGAUGCUGACGUACAUCCGGUCGGCGGUGACGCGCAACUACAGCGAGAAGUGCAUCAACAAGAUCCUGGACGUGGUCAGCACCAGCCAGAACCUCGACCUGCUGCAGGAGUUCUACCAGACCACGCUGCUGGCGCUCGAGGAGGCGCGCAACGAGCGCCUGUGGUUCAAGACGAACCUGAAGCUGUGCAAGCUGUGGUUCGACCUGGGGGAGUACGGCCGCAUGAGCAAGAUUUUGAAGGAGCUGCACAAGUCGUGUCAGAAGGACGACGGCACGGACGACCAGAAGAAGGGCACGCAGCUGCUGGAGGUGUACGCCAUCGAGAUCCAGAUGUACACCGAGACCAAGAACAACAAGAAGCUCAAGGAGCUGUACCACAAGGCGCUGGCGAUAAAGUCGGCGAUACCACACCCGCGCAUCAUGGGCAUCAUCCACGAGUGCGGCGGCAAGAUGCACAUGGCGGAGCGCUCCUGGACCGAUGCCGCCACCGACUUCUUCGAGGCCUUCAAGAACUACGACGAGGCCGGCGCACAGCGCCGCAUCCAGUGCCUCAAGUACCUGGUGCUGGCAAACAUGCUCAUGGAAUCGCAAGUCGACCCCUUUGACGCUCAGGAAGCCAAACCGUACAAGAACGACAAGGAGAUUCUGGCAAUGACGAACCUUGUGGCGGCAUAUCAGCGCAACGAGAUCCUGGAGUUUGAGAAGAUUCUCAAGAGCAACCGGCGCACGAUAAUGGACGACCCGUUCAUCCGCAUGUACAUCGAGGACCUGCUGAAGAACAUCCGCACGCAGGUGCUGCUGCGCCUCAUCAAGCCGUACACCCGCAUCCGCAUCCCUUUCGUCUCCAAGGAGCUGAACAUCCCUGAGAAGGACGUGGAGCAGCUGCUGGUGUCGCUCAUUCUGGACAACAGAGUGCACGGCCACAUAGACCAAGUCAACCAGCUGCUGGAACUUGGCGACAGGUCAAGAGGGCAGCGGACAUACACAGCUCUGGACAAAUGGUCUGCCCAGCUACGGUCACUACAUCAGACAGUGGUUAACAAGAUCGGUUAAGAAAGCAGGUGUUGCAUGAUGAAGGGUGAAUGGAUGGGGAUGUCUGAUGUGGAUGUCUUAUUUCUCAGAGUAGAAAAGUUAGACUAGAAUGAGGGUACAGGUUGGUUUUGUUCAAAUGUUUAUACCCUCUAAGUGUUAAAGUGAGAACUGAAUGAUUGACUAGAAGUGGAAA